GAGCAGCUCUUAGCUGCAGAUAGAAUAUUAUUCUCAAAAUUCUUCAAGAAGUUUUGCGACGUUCGCUUUAUUUCCUUGAAAAUCAUUCGAAGAAUUUGUUCACCUCGUUUAAGUGACCUGAAGUUUCCAGGAAGUGCUCAUAUCUUUUUGCCAAAGCAAGUUUUUAUUUAUAAAAGUAUACUUUUCACCUUUUUUGCAAAAACAUCAAGAAGAGCUUGAUUUGUGUCUUCGCUUUUUACCUUGUAAAAAAGUUUUUCAAAACAAACCUAUUUUCAGUCGCUGCGAUGGCAAACGGUGAGCAACCGGAGUAUGUGGUUGAGCAGAUAUUGAAAAAACGCACUCAUCGUGGCGUAGUGCAGUAUCUGAUCAAGUGGAAAGGCUGCGAUUCAACCGAAAAUACAUGGGAACCGGAAGAGAAUUUAAACUGUCAGGAAUUAGUAAAGCAAUUUCUGGAGGAAGAAGCGAAAAACCCGAAUAGGCGUAAAGGGCGUAAACCUGCUUCAUUGAAAACCACUACCGACAAGGACGACGACAAUGGCAAGAUGAGCAAGGAGAAGGAAGAGGUUGAGAACAAAAGCGACGAAAAAGAGCAACGGAAGAAGAAACCCACCAGGAAAUCGGCCGAUAUCUUAAAGAAGCAAACGGACGAUGACGAUCUCAACGGAUUCGAGCAGGGAUUUGUCGCGGACAGCCUAGUUGGCAUAACGGAAGAAAACGGGCAAUUAUUAUUCUUGGUUAAGUGGCAGAACAAGGACGAACUGGAAUUGGUUCCAUCAAAGGAAACUCGGAAAUAUGUACCGGAAAUGGUGAUCGAUUUUUACCAGGAUCGGAUCACUUGGAACACGAAGGGGAGCAAGAAGUAACCGACUGUAAAUAUAUGCAUCUGAUUCUUUGUUUUACAGUAAGUUCUGUAUUUGCACUUUUGCAUUGCAUUCGUACAUUUGUUUGCUGAUACGAAUAAAU